CAUAAAUUGCAGUCCCUGAUGUUUCUGCCCAGCUGUUUUGAAGUCUGGGAAGGAGGAUAAGGAGCUGUGCAUGUGAUCCCCCCAGGACAAGGAUCCAAGGAAUCAAGGAAGAGGUGCACAAUGCAGUUCAAUGCAUAUUCCAUCUUUGGUCUGCUGCUUAGCGGGCUUCAUUUUCUCUACUGCGAGACCACCGCCACCACAGCUACUACUUCUCCAAGUAAUGCAACCAGACUGGUGCCCAUCUCUGCUUCUGGCGUGAUCCGGGAAAACACGACAGCUCUUCACGGCCCGGUCAGCAACAGCACCACAGCAACGGCCGCCAACGGCACAUCCAUUCUGGGCUCAGUCAACAACGUCACAUCUACUCCCGGCCCUGGGAGCAACAUCACCAAACCAUCAGCCAGCAAUGCCACCCUGAUGAAGGCCACUGAGGUCACCACGGCUGCUCCAGGCCCUGCCACCAAUGCCACCACACUACCAGCUGGUAACAUCACCAGAGUGCCAACCAGGAAUGUCACCACCAAGCCAAUCAGAAAUGUCACCACCAAGCCAACCAGGAAUGUCACCACCAAGCCAAUCAGAAAUGUCACCACCAAGCCAACCAGGAAUGUCACCACCAAGCCAAUCAGAAAUGUCACCACCAAGCCAACCAGGAAUGUCACCAGAGUGCCAACCAAGAAUGUCACCACAGUGCCUCCUAAUACAGUCAUGUCUACUCCUCAACCUGCCAGCAACAUGACCAUGUCGCCAGCUGCCACAUCGCUGACAAGCAACAUGACCAAGUCUACACCUGACCCAAUAAGCGGAACCACUACGCCACCACCCACCAAGUCCACUACACAUGCUGGUUCAGAAGCUACAGUCAACACGUCAGCCAGUACUGCUGCCACCACGUCCGGCCCAGUGAUUAAUGCUACACAUGCAACUCCUAGAUGGCCCAACACCUCCACAAGCAGUGGCCCUGUGGCCGAAACCAGCAGGAAUGGCAUUACGGGACGCUCCGCUCCUUCAUUUUUUGCCUUUGCGCUCCUUGCUCUCUCAGUACUCUGCUUGUAAAAAAAUGCACCUCUCUGUUGUACGUGGCCAUUCGGGGAAGGGUGGGGGUCUUCCCUGUUAACAAGUCUGUCCGUCUCCUUUUUGACCAAUUUUGCUUGGUGUUUGCAACAAGUUACCAAAAUAGCUAUCUUAAUGGAAAUAUUUAUAUCCCAACAUCGAAACCAGAGAGACAGAGCCUCAAUUUGCACACACCUGAACAAGAGGCUUCUGGGAGUCUGUUACGACCGUUGCUUACUGGGACCUACAGAAAAGGUCCUCAAAUCACUUGAAGAUUCCUCCCCUUUGGUCCACCAGAAGCUUACUCUAAGCCCAUGUAAUCCGCUGUACCACUGUGGAAUGGAGAUUGGUUAUGUACCUUUUCUUUCCACAAUAGAAAGUACAAGUUACACUGAGUGGUUGCUGCUAUUAAUAGUGGUCACUUCUGCACACUGGCCAUGAACUGCUGGUUUUCUGUAAUGCCUCCCUACAUGUUUGCUUAGCUAACAGGAAAAACACACUGCAUUCAAGAGAAACGGACACACCCCUCCGCCUCUAUUUACUUGCUUCCGACAUGAUUAAAUUUGAUACACAUGCUUAUGUACCAAAGCUUUCAAAUCCAUCUACCCGAAGGGCAAAACAAACUCCUGUGCUCCUGAGCUGCGCACCGUGGCCGUAUGUUGUUGGACUAUAACUCCCAUACUCCUGCACGAUCAACUAUACCCUUUAGACAAGAUGGGAGUCGUAGUUUAUCAACAUCUGGAGGGCAAAAUGGUUAUCAGAUGUUGACGAACUUUUUUUUUAACAGAAAUCCUUUCUGUGAGAAAAGACAUCGUGCUUAAACAUGGCACCAAUUUACAAACUCUUAACUUUUUUUUAAAGAGGUUCUCCCCUGUUAAGGUGAACUAAGAUAUUUGACAUGAAGUGGAAGAUUUAGUACGGUGGGGUAUUUGGAAAAAACAAGAACAACACAUUCCCAUGCUGAAGUUUAUGUGAAGUUAAUCCAACUCGGCAGACCAAAACAUGAUAACAUGAUGUGGUUUAGCGAUGGGAGAAAGCAUGAUUUGCGAGCCAGCAAAACAACGGCCACUCUUUCAACAAUGAGAGGAAGUUCCAAAACGCAGUGGCCAUAGCAGCGAUAAAACAAAAAAGCUAAACAAGGGGUCCGCCUACGCCAAUAGAGAAUGUGGCAUGCAGGCCUUAAGUUAGUAAGCGGCCCCUCCUGGCUGGGAAAAUUAUAGCUCUGCAAGGUGGCUUGAAAAGGCAAAAAAUAGAACUUAAUUGUUACAGGCAAAGCAACAGUUUUGUGCACCUCAAACCUCAAGGCACAAGGGCUGGAGAGGAGCCGAAUUUCGGAGCAGGAUUGUGUCGGCAGCUCAAACAUAUCUCAGAACUGCGACGCUCUAUGAAAAAUGGAUACCCCAAAAGGUCAAGCAAAUAAGGCUCAGUUCUCUCUCGCACACACACACACAACUGUGGGGCUGUACAGCUAAGAGGUUUCGAAAGGCACGCAUGGAAAUGUCAAUUGGGAAUGUACGGGAGUAAAACUUGAUCUAUUAUAUUA